CAAGUGCAGAACUCGCAUUUUGGUAACAGAUUCCAGGUCCAGAAGGAUGGCACAGGAGAGCGAAUACGAGUUAAAACGAAAACAAAAGAUUAAGGAAAAUAAUGAAAUAAUGCGAACGAUAUUUGGCGAAGCUCUUAAUUUCCCGAAUGCAAGUGAAAACCGCUUAUCCGCUGCACGAACUACAACGCCAACAGCACGUGCGAAGUCCUGCGACCCUUGUUUGCCUUAUGCCGCUGGAAAGCAGAGAGUUUUAACGCCACUACGCCGAAAUCCUAAACGUAGUGCUCGAUCAUACAGUACUGAUGACAUUAUGGGCUAUAGUGAUGCGUCGGAUGAUGAUGACAUUAUAUCUGAAAAUAUUCAGAAUAGAUUGUUCGUGCAUUGGAUUGGGCCUUUAACCAAGAAGAGACGGAUAGAAGACAACAAAUCUAGUGUUAAUGGCGUCAUUAGCGAAUUGAGCCACAAACAUGUGAAACCUCGUCCUAGAAUUAUACAGCAUCUAGUGAGGCCCGUAUCUGAUUUUACCGAGGAAGACCUUUUAUUAGUUGCUGAGACUGUAGCAGAUAAACGGUAUGAUUCAAUUAAUGGGUCAUCCUGUCAUCAAUGUCGUCAAAAAACUGAUGACUUGAAAACUGUUUGCCGUAAUGAAAACUGUGUUGGUAUCAGAGGGCAAUUUUGUGGUCCAUGCCUAAGAAAUCGUUACGGAGAGAGUGUUAAAGAAGCUAUCAUGGAUCCUGACUGGAUUUGCCCGCCAUGCAGAAAUAUAUGUAACUGUAGUUUCUGCAUGAAGAAAAGAGGCCGAAGAUGUACAGGCCAGCUGAUUGGUGUUGCUCGACAGAAUGGAUAUACAGAUGUUAAAUCAUUUCUUGGUGAUUAGAGAACUAAUACUUUUGACAAAUUGGAAAAACGUUUUUGCAUUAUUGCAUACAUCGCCCUAUAUCGGCAUUUAUAUCUACUAAUACAUUUGCAUGCUUUCAGCACUUUCGGCCAUAUAUUGCAUUUGUUUCAAUAUUAUAAAUUUUAUUGCCUAUUAAAGUAAAGUUAAAACCAGUAGUUUCAUCAGUACAGCUUUACAGUGAAAAAAAAUGGCAAUACGUUGUUGCCAAAUUUUGCAUAAAGUGUGGUAUAAAUAUACUAUUUGAUAUUAUUUUGGAAAGAGGUAACGCUUUUUCGCGCGUAAUACUAGAAUUUAUUUAAAAUUUGGUAACUUCGCACGGCCCAAUAUAUACACUUGUUAUAAUUUAAAAUUUCGCAAUCAUGCAAACGACCUGAUUUCA